AUGGUGUGCAUAACCACCUCUGCCAUCUGCGGUUCAGAUCUUCACAUCUACCAUGGUGUUUUCGGCACAGAUGAGAAGUUCGGGGUUGGUCACGAAGGAGUGGGCAUUGUUGAAGAAGUUGGUCCUGCUGUUGACUUUCUCAAGCCUGGAGAUCGCGUGCUUAUCGCGGUAUUUUCUGAAGACGGGAAUCUACUCCCCAAGGCGGCACUGGUUCCAACUGAUCUUGACCUUAUUGGAGUUGGGUUCGGUACCUCAUUCAAUAGCGAGGGUAGCCUUCAAGCUGAAUAUGUCAGAAUACCUUGGGCAGACUCAUCGCUUGCGAAGAUCCCACAUGGUCUUGAUGACAAGGAAUGGCUUCCACUGACCGACAUCUUCCCAACAGGAUGGACCGCUCUCACUCGUUCUGGCUUCCAGCCUGGAGACACAGUGGCCGUCUUUGGUGCCGGAGGUGUUGGCCUCAUGUGUGCCUACAGCGCCAUCAUCCGUGGAGCAUCCCUUGUCUAUGUAAUUGACCACGUUCCUGCUCGUUUGGCACUGGCAGCAUCAAUCGGAGCUCAACCUAUCAACUUUACUCGUGGAGGGAAAGCUUCUGAUCAGAUCCUCGCGCUUCGUCCAGCAGGUGUCAACCGCGCUAUCGACUGCGUAGGCCAAUUCUGUCUCAAUGAGAACCUCAAACCGCAACCCGACUUUAUCCUUCGAGAGGCUGUCAAGAUAGCCACGAACGGAGGCGGUCUUGGUAUUGCUGGUUUGUACCAAGCUGGCGGUCCCGAAGGAUACAAGUCUGAGAUCAAUUUUGCGAUACCUGAACUUUGGAUCAAAAGCUUGCAGGUUGGCAGUGGGUUAGUCGACAUCAAGGGAAAUAUUCGUGGUCUGGUUGAUUUGGUCAAGAACGGAAGAGCGAGGCCUGGGUUUGUCUUUUCCAACGAGUACAGUCUUGAAGAUGCACCCUUGGCCUACCGUCGAUUCGAGCAGCAUCAGGAGACAAAGGUCAUGUUGAGGGGCGUUCGCAAGCAGGAAAAUGAUCAGUCAUUGGACAUACAGGAUGAUACAAAUGGUGUCACCGACGUUAAUGAGGCUUGA